ACUCGUCUUGUCAAUGACAACGUCACGUUUGUGUAACUUCUUAUUUGACAUAUUUGGUAGUUAUUCCCACAUCUAGCUAAUGCGACUGGUAUCAACUAGGAGAACCGUUGGAAGCAAGGCUAUUAGCUAGAGUCCGACAUGGACAUUGUUCUUCAGCCUUGAACACCGGAGCUGCUGCCGCCCUCGAUAUACAAAUUUAAAAAACAAAAUAAUAAAACACGUUUCCCCGAGCACUCUUUUAUACAUUCCCCUGCGGUAUCAUGUGCCCCCAUUCGACACUAUAAUUUCAGUCCUGGAACUCCACUGAGCAUUAAUCUCGUCUGCCAAUCUCUUUUCCCAUUCGUCUGCCAUUCUCCAUUAACACGAUUGACCUUGAGUGAGUAUAACGGCGUUUACCCCGAAUGCCUGUUCCUCGAACUGCGACUAAUCAUAAUGCUUUUGUAAAAAUGUAGAACUGGUUUUCUCUAUCCCUCCAGCAAGUUAUACUUUUGUGAAAUAGCCGGUGGUCAGAACUUAGAUCCGCAUCGAGUGUACUGCUGGUCAACAGGUAGACAGACUUGUUAAAAAGUCUCUUUGAACACAGGUGUGUCUGUAGCCAAAAAAGAUGCCAAAUCGGCCCGUGCUGUAGUAACUUGAAUGCUCUCGAGUCACUAGGGACGCGCGGCACUCUCGUCUAUCCCUCGAGUUCGGUGUGCUGCGUAUUUUGUUGUGCAGAGUGGCUGAAGUGUGAAACAUGUGAUUCGACUCAACAAUUAGUCACUUUCAAGUUGAUACAAACAUUCUCCAACGCUGUCUGAUUGUUCAGAUAAGAUUCAAAUCGGAAUAUCUUCACAUUCUUUUGCGUUCAUGUUGGCGAAUUCUCGUACCUAAGUUAGUGUGAGGAAUUUUGAGGCAAGAAAUGGUGGCCAGUGUUGCUCAAGUUGAGUUUAUCGAAUCCAGUCAGAUGCACACUUCCAACUACCUGCGAAGCAGCAAAGCUGUAGGAGUCCUAUGGGGUGUCUUCACAUUUUGCUUUGCCAUCAUUGAUGUGGUGGUUUUCAUCCAGCCACAGUGGAUAGGUGACACCGUGGAGUCGAAGGGAACAGGUUAUUUUGGGCUGUGGAAGCACUGCAGUUUGGUUAAAAGUGCAGUCGGUCAGGAAAUCAUCUGCAAAGGGCAGCUCGAAGAUUUCAGCACCAUCCUGAAUCCUGCCUUCAGAUCUGCCACAGUAUUCGUAGGCCUUUCAGUGGUCAUCAUCGUUUUAUGCUUGUGUGCCAUGCUCUUCUUCUUCUUCUUCAGCCCAUCAACAGUCUUCCAUAUCUGUGGCUGGCUCCAAUUCUUCUCGGGUGCCUUUUUGGUCGUGGGCGUAUUGGCUUUCCCUGGAGGCUGGUCAGAUCCAUCUGUUCAAGAAGUAUGCGGUCCGUCAGCCAGACAUUUCUAUCCCGGACAGUGUGGCCUGAGAUGGGCCUAUAUCCUAGCAAUGAUUGGAGUGGCCGACGUUUUGGUCCUUGCCGCCUUGGCAUUUACCCUCGCAGUCCGUCAUGUGAAAUUGUUAUCACUUCAACCUUAUCCCAUCAUCUACAAAGGUGAAGUCAACCAAGGUUACGCCAAUGACGGACACCGAUCGCGACGAUCUUCAACCAACACGAUUUCCGGUCAUUCGGUAGCCAUGUUCCCACACCCGAAUGAAGUUCACGAUCGAAUGUCCGAAUAUGGAACUCCUCACAGGGCUGGUCACCGUUCCAUGAACAAACCACCGUCAGCCCACUCCUAUAGACCGGAAUAUUCCAGCUCUGCCAAUCAACAUCGCUUCCACCUCUAAGGAAGUAAAAAACAACCCAACCCAACAAACAAAACUCUACACCGAUUAUUAUUCCUCUCUGCCCUGGAGAUAAAACACAACUCGACAAUUUGACACACACACUACAACAAUCUAUAGCCUAUAUUCUCAAAAAACAGCACGCCACUGACCUGUUUGGUUUGUCGAUCUGAAUGUAUUACGUGUACAUUAACAAUUCCCUUCCUUUUUUUAGUUUUUUAAUUCGUCCCGAAUUGUAUUUAAAUGUUUUUUUUAUUUGUUUUACACACAAUGGAUAUUAUCAUCAACCUUUUAUCUCCAACCUUUUUGACUGUUUUUUUUUUUAACGUCAAACUUAAAAAAUACAAGAAAAUGAAAUUGA